GACUCCUUUAAGAAGCCGCUUUAAUAAACAAUGAGCAUCUCAUAUUGACAGCAUGACAUCAUCACCGCUGUUUUUCCUAGACGGAGGCAACAUGCACGGAGGAUGCUGGGACCAUAUUGACCGAGGAGGAGGAUGCACCAUCCGCCAAAUGUUCUGAUUACGAUACACUAAUUUAAACGUGAAGCGUCUGAGAUUCGGCGUCGUUGAACGGUUUUAUAUUUCCAGCGUAGACCAUUUAUAAAAGUGUGUCGCUGUGUGUUAAAUAGGAUUAUUUGGCAGUGCAUAUCCAGUAUUGCCAAACCUACAGUGACUGCAAACACAGAAUGGGCUGGAUGUGCAUUAUUGGAGUGGAGUGAACCCGUUUUAUCGGCUUUAAUUGGGGCUUGGUUCGAGGACUGGGCUGAAUCGUCUCGUCUGGUUUCAUUCACUGGUAUUGGAUGGGAAGGGCUACGGAUGGACAUUAAAUAAAGGCUUAAAUAUUGUCGGUAGAGCUCUCCGAAACAAAUUCCACUGCACCGACUGACACCCGUUCUCUCUGUCCGCGCGCCCGGCGGGAUGCGGCUGCGCGCCGAGGAGCUCUCCAAGCUGUUGUGGUGCUGACGGGGCUCUGAGCGAACGCGACGCGAGCAUGGCUGCGGGGAAGUUGCUGCUCUACGCCGGUCUGUCUCUGUCCCUUUGCGCGCUCGGGAUGCUGGCCGUGGCUAUCUGCUCCGACCACUGGUACGAGACGGACGCCCGGAGGUACCGAGAGCGGUGCCGAAGUUUCUCCAGCCGCCGGAAAGACCCUGGCUUUAUUUACAUCCCCAACAAUAGCCUCCCUCUGCGGGCGAGCCGCUCGCGCCUGGACCGCUGGGAGGAAAAGCUGCUGCUGGCGCGGAACAGACGGCAGCUGUUCGCCAUGAGCGCCGCUGAUGAGUGCAGCAGGCAGUAUAACUCCACCAACAUGGGCCUGUGGAGCAGAUGCCAUCGGCUUGGAUUUGAUCAAGAUAUCGAGGACCUCAUUCGAAAAGGGUCCAUUGCAAGAUGCUCCUAUAUCAAGUACCACUACUCCUCGGCUGCAAUACCCAAGAAUCUCUCUUACAACAUCACCAAGACCAUUCGUCAGGAUGAGUGGCACUCUCUGCAUCUGCGGAGGAUGACGGCAGGAUUUAUGGGAAUGGCGGUGGCCAUCAUCCUCUUCGGCUGGAUCAUUGGGAUGCUGGGAUGUUGCUGGGACCGUGGCCUCAUGCAGUAUGUGGCGGGUCUGCUCUUCCUCAUGGGUGGCACAUUUUGCAUCAUUUCCUUGUGCACCUGUGUAGCUGGCAUCAACUUUGAGCUGUCCCGUUACCCUCGCUACAUAUAUGGCCUGCCAGACGACAUCAGUCAUGGUUACGGCUGGUCAAUGUUCUGCGCCUGGGGCGGUUUGGGCCUGUCCCUCAUCGCUGGCUUCUUCUGCACACUGGCGCCCUCUGUACAGCCGAUUCCUCGCUCCACGUGCCCCAAAUCCCGCCAAGAAAAUGGCACCGUAUGUUAAGGGAUGGGUCUGAAAAUCCCCAAGCCUACAUGUGCAGCUGGACAAUGGGGGACAAAACACAUUCAAAAAAGACCAUAACUGAAGAUUAAAAUCAUGUUCAUUUAGAAUCAUUUCUAAUCUCACCAACCAGGCCAUUUUUAACCAUGUGUGCGAAUCUACAACUGAGUGUCCCGAUCGUUUAAAAGAAAA